AUGGGGUUCGGCUUGGAGAUUAUUCUGAUGAUGAAGAGACAUGAUAAUUUUCUCAUCCUGUAUCAGGUUAUGCUACAAAAUACUCAGAAUUUACAUCAACCAAUUCCAAAGCAAGUCAGGCAGAGAGAAUCGAUUUAUAGAGGUCGUGUGGAAGCAGAUGCAGGGAUGAUGCAGGAUUAUUUCAACGAUGGUUGUACUUGGGGACCAAAAAAGCUUCAUGGUCGUUUAGGCCAAUGCCCACACAUGAAAACGUAUGCUAUUAUGAAGUGUCUUUAUAAAGGUAUUCCACCUGAUAGGGUGGAUGACUAUACCUGUAUGUCUGCAUCUACUAUUUAUUAUUAUAUUAAGAAUUUUUGUGACGCCAUUAUGUUUGGGUUCAAUGCGAAAUAUAUGAGACAUCCCUCUGUGAAUGAUACUAAGUGGUUUUUGAAGGAGAACGCAGCACGAGGGUUCCCAGGAAUGCUUCGUAUCCUAGACUGUAUGCAUUGGGGUUGGAGGGUUUGUCCAAUGGGAAACGCAACAGCAUACACAGGUCACAAAAGUUAUCUCACUUGUGUUCUUGAGGAGGUUGCUUCAUAUGAUAGGUGGUUUUGGCAUGGUCAUUUUGGAGUAUCAAUGUUUUGA